UCAACCUCAGUAGAACGCCAUUCCAUACAAUACAGAACUAUCAAAAAAAUUUCCAUAGAUAAAAAAUGAACGAUGCAGCGUCUAAACUGUUUGAUACCUCAAAGCAAUCCUACGGUGAAAAUGAUGACUUGGAUGUGUACAAGAGUCAUGCAGAUAGCAGUGAGCUGAUUAUGACAGCGAGUGAAGAACAAAGCGUGGAAUAUGACUCUGAUGAUUCAGCACCUUUGGCCUUAUCCUACAUAUUUGGAAUCAACAGGAAGCUGGGAGUGUGUAUCCUUAAUAAGUCCCCUAAUGAGCAUUUUUGCAUUUAUUCGCUAGGGCAUGUUGCAUCGCUGAUCAAUUUUAACACGAAAGUUGUACACCAUUUUCAAGGACAUGACACAAUUCUGGUAUCCAUUGAACAUGACGAGAAAGCCAAAUUUGUAGCGACUGCAGACAAGGAAACUAUCAUAAUAUGGGACCUAGGAAAGUUGGGAGAGGAUAUGCCAAUCAGGCUGCGAUAUAUUUACAGACCUUUCGGAAAGGAUGCUGAGAUUGCAGCUACUGGUAUGAGUCCAUGCGGGAAAUAUAUUGUUGUUGGUAGUGGAAAAACCAACUUAGGAACAUUCAUAAAAUUUUGGCGAUGGUCGUUCGCCGUGGACGAGUGUGAUGCUGAAUUUACAAUCAGUGAUAAAUUCGGGAGAAUUGUUUCCAUCAAAUUCAGCAAAAACGCCAAUGAAAAUGAAUUUUUCGUUAUUACCUUAAGAUAUGGAGUGGUCUUUGCAUGGUGGGAUCGUCAAUCUGGACAACUUGAAGUUCAUACCCCGGAACAAAAGAAAUUCGGGAUAUUGAAUCAGUCAUGUUACGUCCCGGGAAAGCGGACUGUAGCAAGUGUAACAAACCAUGGUCGUAUAGUGAUUUGGGCCGACACUUUGAUUAACUUAGGGAACCAAACCUUCACCAAUAGGAAGAACUUUGUCAAAAUGGUUUCUGCACAGAGCCAAUAUCCUAUCAAUGAUAUCAAGGCAUUUGAUGCAAUGUUAGCCACGUGCAAUGAAAUUGGUGAGAUUCGAUUUUACGAUACGGAAAUUCGAUUGUUGUAUGUUUGUACGCUGUGGAAGGACUCACCAGUAGAUAUGAUACAGCCAGUACUAGUGCCGAAGACAAUUAAACUUAUCGAUGCCGAUGAUUUUGAUGUUGAAGAAUCUGAUGAUAUUCAAAUUGUAUAUAAAUCAACCUGUCCUCGUGAUUACACACUUGAGAAGAAACCCUUUCUGGUUCGGGAAUUCUAUGUGGUUGCACGAACUGGUGACGUUCUUUAUUGUAACAUUUUCAAAAAGGAUGCAAAAUCAAUGCUCUAUCAAACAUCGGAUAGUUUGGUGGCAUACGACGCUCUUAAAAACAGGCCAUGGGUAAUAUGUGCCAAUUCAGAUAGAAAAAUCUUCUAUUUAGAUUAUACAUGCUAUCAUAUUAUACGUGAACAACGUAUGAAAGAAUAUACUGCUCAAGAUGAAGAAGCUGACAAACUAAUACACCCUUCAAUAAGCUGCAUUCGGAUUUCAGAAGAUGGUAACCAUCUGGCAAUCGGUUAUGACAACGGUGCAGUGUGGAUGAUCGAUCCUCUGAUUUUGAACCCUCUCACCCCUUCCCCCAUACGUUACUCAAAUGCACCUAUCCAAUAUAUAGUUUUCAGUGGUCAUCCAAAUUGUAUAUAUGCAGAUACCAACGCUACUAUAACUCAUCUCCGAUAUAACAAGAACACAUCAGAGUGGACUCUAAACGCAAAAUACCGGUAUCACCACAGGCCCUUGGUACUUUUGCAUGUCAUCCAAAAUCCUGCUGAGAAACCAUACCUUAUUGCCUUAGGCGAAGAACGACUUUAUGUCGAAUUCGAUUUGGAUAAAUCCGUUCGUAAAUCCAAACUUGAAAUCAAACGCGAUCGUAUCCUGGAACAGGCUGGAAAUUUUACGUGUGCAGAAGUAAUGAAACUGUCAAAAAUUGUCAGUAAGGAUACGUCCACCAAUGGAAUGGUUAUAUUAGUCGCGGAUGAUCAAUAUAAAUUCAAGAUUUUCGAUGUAAUAACAAUGGAGAGAUUGUAUAUGUUUGCUGCCCCAGUCUACGAUGCACCAGUUAGAGUCAUAGUGAACUUCUCGGAUGUUCAUAAAUUUUAUCAUAAAAUGCUGAUAUUCGCUACCGAAAAGACUUUGGGAUGUAUAGUCUUACCAAUAGAUGGUAACAUGUUCAGAUAUUCAGGUAUCACUGCCCAUCCAAAGAAGAUUAACAUGCUGAUUCCGUAUGGCUCUCAAUGGUUCGCAAGCUCGCAAGGUGAUCUUGGCGGUGCUGUUUGGACUAUAAAUGAACGAAAUGUGAUGAGACACUUCAAAUCAGGCGGUGAGGGGCUUACUCCAUUUUGCAAAUCGAUACCAGGCGAGAAGGAAGGAUGGCUUUUCAAAGAAAUGCAGGAUAUGUUCUACUAUAUGCAACUUAUGACUAGGGGUGGCGAUGCACCUGAAGAACAUGCCGUUACAGAUUUCAUUCCUGUUGAGGACCUACCAGACUAUAUGCGAAGUAUUGGUUUUUUCCCAAGUGAUUAUGAAAUCGAAUGCAUCCUUAAAGAAGCCACACGAACAACUAGCCCUUCAAUACCACCCCCAACUACAAUAUCCUUCGAAGACGCCGUAAUCAUGUAUCUAAACCACAAACCAGUUUCAGGAUACGAAUUACAAGAUAUCCGAGCAGCUGUUGAAUAUCUAGCUGAUCAGCAUUCAAGCGAUUAUAUUACCACUGAAAAAGUUCUGGAAGGUGACGAAUCUCAAAUCACCCUUGCACGAAUUCUUGAAAUUAUGACGAGUCGCGGUGAACCAGUAUCUGAAGAAAUGGCGAAACGAUAUCUUCUCGAAUUGCUAAGUGAGGAAUCAGGCAAAAUGAAAAAAGCUAAGUUGGAUUUUGAAUCAGAAUUUGAAGAGCUUCCUGAAAUUUUCACUGUCAAAGAAUUCUGUUCGGAAUUGCUAGGUAUUGAUCUAAAGGAUAUACCUGGGGCGAAUAUGGAAGCUUCAAUGGGAGAUAAAUUGGAUCCUGCUGAAGUGAAUAGUCAAUUGGAGAAUAGAUUUAAUAUUAUUGUACCUGAAUCAGAUAUAGAUGUCGACAAGGAGCGGGAUAAGGAGGAACGGAAGAGUUUACUUAAGCAGGGACGCGUUAUUAAUGUUACUACUGAAAACUAA